CUCAAUCCAACCUGGUUUAGAUCCAUCCCACCACCGGCUUAGCAGGAUGUCCUGUUCGAAGCCGUUGCCUCCUGGUUGGACCAAGAGAGGCGUGGCCUUGACACGGAAGGAGUCGGAGCUGCUGCAGACAUGGGGAUGUCCAAGAGAAGUGUUGCAUGCGUUGGACUACUUGGCCCAAACUUUGCCAGAAGGGCAGCGACAAAGAGAUGUGCAAUGUUUGGAUGUCUUUUGCGGUGAAAAAGCUAUCUCGACCACAUGGCGCCGUCACAACCAGAAGACGGAGCACUACGAUGUCUUGGAACGUGGAGAGCAGAACGACAUUCUGCUAACGCAGGGCUACUUGAAUCUGCUCAGCAUGGGCCUACGGAUGGAGCCUGACUCCUUAGCCGUUGUGGGGUUGCCAUGCCCUACAUUUGUAUGGGUGAAUUCCGGAACCCAUGGCCGCAAGCCCACCCAGCCAUAUGGAAAUGAAACCAAGUUUGAUUACAUUGCCCGUGCCAAUACGAUUACUGUUCGUACAGUGAUCUUCCUGAUGGUGCUGACGUGCAGAGGAUGUUACUGGUUUUUGGAACAGCCAGGUUCCUCUCAGGUUCGACAUUUUCCUGAAUUGAUUCUUCUCCGGACUCUGAUGGAAACUAGCGGCAUCGCCUCCUACUUCCAGAGAUUCUGGAUGGGAAGCUGGGGAAGUCCUUCGCCAAAGCUUUCGAUGGCCAUUGCUUCGACGCCAUAUGUUUCCCAACUCAAGAAGAAGCUGACCCAGUUCGAGAAAGCGAAGUUGUCGUCUAAGGGGAUUACUAUUGUGAAGCAGCUGCCUGAUGGCCGGAAGUCAGUGCAAGGAGGUCCCAACCUUCGCAAAACCCAAGUGUAUCCUGUUCGUUUUGCCGAAAAAUUGUAUGCCAUGCACUUCGCCCUGAAGGCGAAACAUGCCUUCAGGCUCAAGGCAUAUGUGAAUGCAGCGGCCAAGACAUUCCAGAACCGCAGGAAGAAGAUCCGCGUCCAGAAGACCAUUUGGAAGCGUGGGAACCUUGAUGAGAUCAGCAAAAUGCUGAAGACCAAAAAAGCGAUGGGCCAGUACCGCCCCAUCCACAAAUUUCCCUAA